AUGGACGCCAUGGACGUGUUCAUCAAUUACGUCACCGUGUGGACAAUGCUCGGGGUGUGCUGUGUGGGCGUGAUCACCAACUCCAUCAACAUCUCCGUCUUCUUCAAACAAGGGUUCCACGAGGGCGCCACCAUCUCCAUGACCUUCCUCUCCUUCUGGUCCCUCUUCAAGUGCAUCUGUGGCAUCGGCUACCGACUCGGAGGCCCGGUGGGGCUGGUCUCACCUGCCUUAGGACUCACCUGGAAAAACAUCACCCUGCCGUAUGUCGAGUUCACGGGCAUGUACGCAGGGUACGUCUCGUUUGCUCUGGCCGCGUUUAUCUCCAUAGAAAGAUGUCUGUGUGUGAGCAAGCCAUUCACGGCCAAGAAGAUCAUCACGCCCAAGGUUACACUCACCGUCCUGCUCUCGAUUUCUGUUGUUGCCAGCGGGGCCUACAUCGUUGUCUACUUCAUGUACGACAUACAGUUCGAGUAUAGCCAGAUUUUUAACACAAGUGUGGCCAAAUACAUUCACAGUAACUUCUACGACGCUAAAUCCGACAUCGUAAUGUCUUAUUACCAAGUAAUGGCCAUUCUAAUUCCGACAUCCGGGUUCUUUAUCUUGACCAUAUCAUCCACCAUCACUGUCCACUACCUGAGAAAAUCGACACAGUUUUUAAAACAUAAAACUGACCACAAGCUGAACAACCCAGUCUGUGUUAUAUCCAACAGAGAGAAACAGGUAGUGAAAACGUUGCUGGCUGUUAUCUUAGUCUACAUCAUCAACCUCUUUCCUCGCCUCAUCUUCUACAUCGCCCAGCUCUGGGAGCCGGAGUUCCAGCUCCUGAGGAAGUACAACAAGCUGUUUGUCCUGGUGGCCGCAAGCAUCUCUGUCUUUGACUUCAGCAACGCCUCCAUCCAUUUCUUCAUCUACUACAACAUGAGUUCCGGGUUCCGGAACAAUUUCUUCAAGGCCUGCACUGUAGUCAGUUACCCCAGGUCUUGA